AUGGGCCUUGACCCGGUCGUAGCGACGUCGCCGUCGCCGCCGCUUCGAACGCCACCCACAAACCCAUGUAUGACGUACGAACCUCAAAACGUGGUGAUCACUGGUGGAUGUGGAUUUAUUGGUUCAAAUUUUGUGAAUCAUAUCCAUGAUGCUUGGCCGAGGUGUAAUUUUGUGAAUGUGGACAAGCUUAUAUUAAAUAGUGACACACAACAUGUUGAUGAAAAGGUCCGUAAAUCGCCUCGAUAUAAGCUAGCUCUAGCUGACAUCAAGAACCGGCAAGCAAUGAUGGCUGUCUUUAAGGAGAACAAUAUCGAUACGGUGAUCCACUUCGCUGCUGACUGCACAUCAACUCGAUGCUAUAAUGAAACAAUUGAGGCGAUCGAAAAUAACGUGAUCGCUUUUAUCGAGCUUCUGGAAGUUGUGAAAGAAUACGGGAAGAUUAAACGAUUCGUGCACAUUAGCACUGAUGAGGUGUACGGUGAUUCGGGUCUUGGCGAUGAUGAAAGGGGAAAGAUUGAGGCCAGUCAACUUCUUCCUGGGAACCCCUAUGCAGCUACAAAGAUCGCUGGCGAGGCUUACGUUCGGGCUUUCACCGCUCAAUACAAACUCCCGAUCAUUACAGCAAGAAUGAACAAUAUUUACGGACCAAAUCAAUGGGAUGUUAAGGUGGUCCCAAGAUUUAUUGAAAUUGCGAAAGUACAAGGUGAAUACACUAUACAGGGAUCUGGAAAACAGUUACGAUCGUGGUUAUUUGUGGACGAUGCAAGCAUUGGUAUUCAACGAGUUUGUGAGCGUGGGGAAAUCGGCGAAAUAUACAAUCUUGGCACUUAUUUUGAGAAGAACAUUGCCGACCUUGCACAUGUGAUCCAAGCUGAAGUGGAUCGUCAACUCGGCCGAGAAGUGACCACACCACGAUUCAUUUCCAUUCCCGACCGACCAUACAAUGAUUUGCGAUAUUUGAUCGAUAUCAGUAAAGCUGAGGAACAUCUUGGUUGGAAACCACAAAUAAGUUUUGAGGAAGGUAUGAGAAAAACAGUGGCGGCGGCUCUCAAGCCAAAGGAAAGCGUGAAGAUGCACGUUGCUCUUUAUGGAGGAAAGGGUUACGUUGGACAAGAACUCCAAAAGGUGUUGACGAAUAGACGGGUCCCAUAUGUUCUUGCCAAGGGAAAGGUUGGAGUAGAUAGUGAUAAGGAGAUAGAAACAGAGCUGGCGACGUUGAAUGUUACGCACGUGGUUUGUGUCACGGGUCGGACUCAUGGGAACGGAAUCAACACCAUCGAAUAUCUCGAGGGUGGUCCGGAUCGUACGUACGAGAACGUUCGCGACAAUAUGUACAGCGCCACCGUACUUGGACAUCUUUGUCGUAAACUAGGAAUACACUUCACCUACGUAGGAACUGGCUAUAUCUUUGCCUAUGACACCGAUCAUCCGAUUGGCGGACCAGGAUUCACCGAGGAAGAUAUACCAACGUUUUUCGGUUCCUCGUAUUCAGUCGUAAAAGGUUUCACCGAUCGACAAAUGUCGUAUUUUAAUGAGAAAGGCUGGGAGAAUAUUAAUGCCAGAAUCACACUGCCAUUGAGUUAUGAAUUGAAUCAACCAAGGAAUUUGCUUUCAAAGAUUAUCAACUACAAGGAAAUCUUUGAUCUACCGGUGUCGAUUUCUAUUCUUCCUGACUGUUUUGAAGCGAUGUUGUCAUUGAUGGAAAAACGAUUCGGUGGACAUCUCAACCUUGUUAAUCCUGGGCCAAUCAGCCUCUAUGAGAUUGUACGGCUAUACAAAGAGAUUGUCGAUCCAUCAAUAGAUCCACAACCUAUUGGCACUGGAACGGACCGUGGACAACUGCUCCUUGCCACAAAAGGGAAUUGUGCGUUGGAUACCAAGUUGUUAGAGGAAAAAGAGCAUAUACCAACCGCAAGGGAAUCGCUUAUUGCCCAGUUCACGCUCAUGAAACAAACAUAA